AUGUACUCCGUACCUAACUGCCAACUACUACCUAGCGUGAGAGACCAGGCCGCUAAAGAAGCCGCGGAUCAAACCCUGUCCUCCCCUUACUUAUGGUCAUAUGCAGCCCUUAAGCGGCAUACCAAAUCAUCAGCAACUGCCCGAGCCCACACUCAAUGGAAGAAAGUCGCACCGCAGGCCUAUCAAGAUCUCGAGAUUAUCACGUCUCCAACCCGCCCGGAAGAGCUCAAACUUCCGCGCCCUAUAUUAGGGCGAAUCCUAGCUGCGCGCUCCAAGCAUGAUGACUUCGCUGAUUACCACGAACGGUUUAACCAUCAAGAUGCACACCUCUUUUGCCGAUGUGGCACGAGGAAGUCACUAAUACACUUCUUCUUCUGCCGGAUUGCAAAAGAGAAAGAUUUCCCGGCCCCCUGGACCUCCUGGACCCCCAUCUGAAAUUAUCCCCUUCCUUCUAGGCACUCCAAAAGGUGCCAUGAAACCAGCUACCUGGUUCUCAGUCUCAAUUCUUCGAGAAUAUCUGUCCUCGACGCCCUCUUCUUAGCACCUAAGCUAAGCAAUCAUCACUACCUUUAUCAUGUUCCUUUUGU